AUGCUGCGUGCAAAGGUCUUGCCCGAGGUGCUGGGGCAGAUCGUCGACAAUGAGAUCACGGCUUGCAUAUUAAUGACAAUAGACGGGGCAUUAGUGGGAUCUGCGGGUGAAAAAGAUGCAGUCGAUCAUAAAGUGGUCGGAGCGAUUGCGUCCCAUACUUGGGGCGAGUAUGUGCACGCUGGGAGGGAAGAAGCGAAUCCCGCAGGAGAGUUACGCACGAUACUUAUGGAACUCGAGCAUGGUCGGUUGGCUAUGACAUUGGCGGGUAAAACGUUUUUGCUCUGCGCAUAUUCAGGCACGGAUGCACCGGCGGGACUGCUCAAGGCUAAGGUGGAGUCGCUAGGGACGUUCUUGUCGGCAUCGCUGGACCAGAUUGAAAUGUAA